AUUUGCAUCAGGAUACCAUGAUUUGACACUCCUUGAGGUGCGAGUCUGAUCCCCGCAUCCGACAUCAUGGGGGCACAUCUGCACAACAUAUCGGGCUCGCUGGGCCGGCCCCGCGGCGCCCUUCUCGCCGUCUGCUUCAUCAGCUUAGCAACCAUCUGGGCGUGUCGGCUGCCGAAGCUUUGUCUAUACAGCGACCUCACCGCGCAUUCCAGUUCAGGGCUCCCUACUCGACAGGCCAUCGACCUCUCAAGGGCCGACUCACCAUUCAUCACUUGGCCGUUGGAGAGGGUGUGCAAGGAAAGUACAACAUGGAGCCCCGGCAUCGUUUUCGUGUGUGACAACAACUCCGGCGGCAUUGGCAAUAUACGCAACUACAUCCUUACCUGCCUGCGGUACGCCAUCGAGGCUGGGGCGACGGGGCUUGUGCUCCCCCAGAUCAGGACGCGGUCUGAGAAAGACCUCUCGAACAUCAUGCUGGAGUACCGAGGAUUCGACUAUUUCUUUGAUGAAGGCCAUUUUCGUCAGAACCUCCGAGUCUCUUGUCCGCAAAUCUCCAUCUACAACUCCACCGACGAUAUCCCUCACGCGCCGAAGCCUUUCAAGGCUGAGAAGAUCACACCCCACGAUCUCGGCAGGAGAGGCGGCUGUGACAGGCGAGAACUAAACAAGCACACGGACCGCUUUGGUGAGCAGUUUUGGGCCCAUACCGAAAAGAUCGCUGAGGAGUACAAGCUGCCGCCGCCAAGCCUCGAGCACCCCCGGAUGAUCGCGUUCAACUGGGGUGUCCAGUGGGACUGGCCCGUCUUUCGUGACGGCCCCGAGUUUGUCGCUACGUACGGAGGGCUGCUCAGGUUCCGGCGGGAUAUCAUGGACCUGGGGUACAGAGCCACGGCAUAUAUGCGUCAAUUCGCAGCCAGAGAAGCCAGCUCUCCCUUGUAUGUGGGCAUGCACCUCCGCACCGAGAGCGAUGCACUGAGCAGGUGGCCCAAGUUUGACGAGCAGAGCGGGGCAUACCUGGAGAAGGCGGCCAGCAUGAAGUACAAGGCCGCGUACCUUGCCACGGGAAACCAGACAGAAGCUCGUAAACUGGCUACCGCGGCAUUGGAACGCUAUGGCAUGGCGGUUGUAACGAAACACCAGCUUCUGGAGGCCCACCCGAAGGAUCUGGCGGCGUUGAAAGCUCUGACCUGGGACCAGCAGGCCCUUGUUGACUUCAUUGUCCUGUUGGAAAGCGACUACUUCCUCGGUGUCAGCCCCAGCUCGUUCAGCAUGAAUAUUGCUCUGAAGCGGCAUUUGAAGGGUGAGGGGCUGUAUACCAGACCGUGGAAGAUUGGAGGGGACGGAGAUGGGAGGAGCUGGCUUGUUGGGAAGUACGAGCAUUACUGGGAGGAUUGGCUCUUUAUGUUUGACUCUUUGUGGCCGUAGCCUGGGAGUAUUUACUUUGGCAGAACAGCAGGUUUACCUUGUUAGCUGCGGAGCGUUCUUCUUCGGGUUGACCCUUACAGCAGCGAAGCGGGGAAGAGCUAUAUUCAACUGGACCUGGAUAUGCCACGAGGAGAGAAUAUAACAACUCGUCAUCAAUACCAAUGACAGAAUGAGCGCCUUUAAGAUGCUAGGAACCACCGAUGAAGAGAAUGUCCA